AUGACGAUUCUUCCUCGCGUCUGCAUCGUCACACUCCUUCAUGACCACAAGAAAAUUUUGAAAUCAUACAGGCCCAUCCAGCUUUCCGAAAGAAACGACCCGUAUCUCGACGAGAUCCUCACCCCCGUCAACCUUACGCCCCCGCAUCGCCUCCGAGGACUCCCACCACCGCCGACAGAAUGGCGCGCCAAGAGCGUCUUCGAACCGGCCCUUCCCAGGCCGCCGGACGCCACAAUCCCCAUCAGAUCACGCUUCUUCGUUGCAGGACAACACAAGCCCCUUUGGGAGCGAGGCGAGCGAGCGGACGGCCUUUACCCCCGAGCUGUCCCGGGCCAGCACCACCUACGGCCAAAUAGGACGGAAUCCCCAAAUCAUAGUAAUAAUGAUAACGUGUACGCGACGCCAGAGUUUCCCCGGCCCUCUACAGCGUCUUCCGUCACCGACCCCAUGGGUCCCCCAUCGGUUGACGAGGUGCUGACGCGAUCGUCGCGAUCGACGUCUUCCGCCUCGCGAAACACCAACCGCCUAUCAAUCACGCUACCGAUUGCCCUCCCCACCUCAGAUCCCUCGCGGCCGUUGCCGAGCUCGGCAGCCGCCUCCUCUGUUGCCCCCUCGGUGCCCGGCACUCCUGCGAGGCAGAUCCCAACCGCUCCGCCGACGCCCUCGGAUGCCAACGAAUUCAUCAUCGCGAUUGCCGCCCAGGAAAGACGCGUCAUGGAACUUCGUGAGGACCUCAAAACUGCCGAAGAAGAGCUCAAGCGUUUAAAGCGGCAGUGGACCAUGCACGAGGCGUGCAAAAGUCGGGCACGCAGCGUGGAGCUCGACCGGCGGAAGCUCCUGCUGCAGACACAGCAGCAGCAGCAGAGCACUCCCGGCAGCGGUGGCAGUGGCAUCGUGGGCGAGCGAAAGCGUGUCUUUCAGGGCCGCCACGCCCGAACCCUAUCGCUGCUUUCGCCCACCAAGCCCGCUUCGGAUACCUUUUCCGUACUCGACGACGCUGACGUUUGCAAGUCCCCCGAUCCGCAGUCACUCCACCAGCCCAGCUAUAGCCACCACGCCGGCGCGGCGGCCACAGGUGCCAACCUCCAUGGCAAUGCCGGGGCCAUGUCGCAGAUCGUCGAAGAUUUUAAGCUUGGCUUCAAGACAUUUUACGAGGACAUCCGCCAGAUCACUGUGGGAGACGAGCCCGUCAAUGGCGUCGCGGGCGCCACCCGCACCGCUGGUGGUGCCGAUCUCCCGGGUCGUCCCGCCGGCCACCAUCACGCCUCCGCCCACGCCAACGGUGGUGGUAACAGAGGCUACGCCGACGACCAGGAUACCAUUCGGCCGUCGACGACGUCGGGCCGGCCCAGGCUCGCCGCCGCCUUUGACUAUCCCGCCAACGACGCUGCUGCUCUCGAAACCCCCUCUAAACCCAAGGCGUCGAGAGCGUCGGCGGGCUUAGCCGCGGCGCGGGACAGCAACGCGCGUGCGAGGAACAAGCACUUCUCGUGGACGCCGCUUUCGUUUGACGGCAUCGACGGCGAGGCAUGGCUCAACUUUGACUCUCCUUCCUCCACGGGUAAAUCGACCCGGUGGAGUGGAUCGACCAUGAGUGGUGAGGAGAAUGCCGAGCAGCCAUCAACCCCUGCUAAAGUUGUUGAAGAGAUCGAGUCCCCUCUAACCAAGAAGCGCCUCGAAGAGCUCACCGCCCAGGUGGUCAACCGCCUCUCGCCCAGCAACAUUAAGCGGACUGCUACCGACUACCUGAACCAGUGGGAGCAGACCCUGGGUGAGGCGGUUCUCGAGAACCACGCCAAGACGAUGCCGCCGGGCACAGCCUCUGUGGCCACGACCACGGCGAGCGAGCCUAAAGAUGACAAGGAGAAUCUUCUUCUCUAA